GUGUCGAAUGCUACUUCAAUAACUAUAGUCCAAUAAUUUAUAAAUCGACAGUCAUUAUCACUUUAUAAAAACCCAUGAGUAUACCAGUUGAACAUAAUCCAGUAUAUCGAAAUGAAAUACGAAUUAAAUUCACUUGUAAUAUUGAUUGGUAAACGUGUCUAAAAUGUUGUGUUUAUAAAUGAUAUGAAGUACGAACAAGAAAUAAACGAACGAACUUUUGUUCGAAAACAUAAAGGAAAUAAAGUGCCGGUGGAGAUGAUGUGGAAGGCUAAAGGUUAAAAAAUAAUGAAGGGAAGAUUUGGAUCCACGCGACUGGUUUAUUCAACUUUGCAAAUACAUCGGCACUGCAAGUCAAACGACAAAAUGAAUUUAGAAUAUCUGGCAAUAGCAAUAGUGGCUUUAGCUGCGGCAGCCUGUGCCGGUCCGACACACUCGCCACCACCAGCACAAAAUCGAUACCAUAAAACCGGCAACAAUGCCGAUCGAGCAACAGAUUUGAAACGGGAAAAUAUAGCUGCCUCAACGACUGCGACUAAAAAUUUACCCCAGGCUAAUGGAGAAACGCUAGAUAGGACAAAGAAAGCUAUCGCUCCUUGGGACGCGGAACAUACGGAAUAUCAAAGUCAUACAUUUACCAGAAUGUCUAUCUGGAGACCCCCAGUCUAUGCUCUUAAUAGACCAUACUUUAUUCCUAUCUAUGGACCAAGUGGAGGCAUACCUAUUUACUUCGCCCCUCAACCAUUUGGAGGUCAGGAUAAACCACCGUAUAUGGGGCCUGCUUAUCUUCCUCCAAAGGAGCAGCCAGAAUCAACGCAAGCACCAUCAGUCAAUGUAGUGGAUAGAUUCAAUUACGACGAUGACGACGACAGACCAAUAUGGAAUAAAGGUAGUUCUAAUAGUAUUAGUGAUUCUGAUAAACCGGCAAGACCACCAGCAGAUAAUUCUAUACACCUUUCCGCUGCUGACGAAAAUAUGAUGAGGGAAAUUUUCAAAAUUAGGCCUACACAAUCGGCGCAACAACCACCACGCACUAUACCAACUACCACUACAAGUACACCACCACCAACUCAAGAUCCUCCAGGUCCAAGUAAUUGUGUAUGGGCAGUAGUUUCGUGCUGUUCGGCUGAUACGAAUGUUUAUCCUGAGAGAUGUUUCGAGCAACGCGGUUGUCCAGGACCUUUUUGGGGUGGUAGUCCUUGUGAUACUGAGUUUGCCAAGGCAGCUGUGGCAGCGGCUUUAAAAUAUUAUAAUCCAUGAAAUUUAAAAAAAACUGAAUUGAUGGUGCUAUUAUAAUGAAUAAAAGGAUAUUUUCAAAAGUGCUAAUAAACGUAGGCUGUCUCUAUAUGGAAAUGGAAUGACUAUAUUUUCAAAAAUUUAUCUCAGUAUCAGUAUUUGAGAUUUUCUGUUAUUCGUGUGAAAAUAUAUUGAUAUAUUUGAACAUUCACUAUUUUCAUGAAGAGCUGCUUACAUCUAUCGAUAAAUAGUUUACUAUCAAUGAGAUGUAUUUCAUUAUGUAAAUUCUUAAUAUAUAGUGAACCUUAUUAUAGAAAAUUAUUAACAUUUGGAUUCAUUUAUUUUAUUAAACAUUAAUGUAUUUUCGAGCUUAUGGGUAUUCUGAAUUCAAAUCCAAUUAAAUGAUAAUAAAUCGAUCAGUCUAGCUAGAAAUUUGAACAUCGAGAAAAGUGGGAAUUAAUAAUUUGAUUUUUGGAAAGCUUCUCAGGAUAUAAUUUUGGAAUCAAAUUCUAUUUAAAGUCUUUGUGUUUUCUGACCGUAGCUUGGUUCUUUUUUUUCUUCACACCUUCCUAAUCUGAAUUUAAACAAAAGAACAUUCCUAAACUGAUUCCGAAAGCCCGUUCAAUCACCCGAAAAUCUCAUGUUAGAGCACAAGGACCUUAUUUAUCGCAUAUUGCUCCAUAAAUUUUCCGUUAAGCUAUAUAAUCUGACAAAGAAAAACAUUGUUUUCUAAAUUAUAUUAAUGGUAUUAAAGUUUUUAAACAUCCCUUGUCCUAAAUCAGACUUGUCGACUAUAGUUUGGACACAACAUGAAACUAGUAUUUAGUUUAUAUUAAAAACAUUGACAAUUAGAAUGUUAUAAUGAUUCCAAUGCUUUUUAUCACAUACUAUGUACUUUUUAUUUAUCGUACAUCUCUCGCUACUGCCCACUGUCUAAAAGUUUUUAAAUACAUAUUAAAGGACGUUAUAUCAAUAUCUAUUCUGAUAUGUAGAAUUUUUUUAGCUUCAGUUGGCUUAUGUCUAUUCAAGUACUUCACAUUUAACAGUUUUAUUAUUUUGAAUUUUAAUAUUUGGACAGCUGGGGUUUGUCUCAAAUUAUUAUUUUUCAAAUGCGUGUGUAGCACUUGAGAAAAUUAUUCAAUUUGAACGUAAGUCAUGCGAAAUAUGGAUGAUUAAGUUGAUCUAUGUUUGAAAUAUUCAACAUGACUUAUUCAAAAGUUCUUUGCUAAAUUUCUAUUUUAUGUAUUUAUUUAUAUUUGUGAUAAUAUAAGGUAGCUUUUAUAUAAUGAUGCAUAUAUAUUAAAAAAGACAAUAAUAAUCUUUUUAUCAAAUAUUAAUAUUUUCAUUUUCCUUAUUUUCCUUGAUGUAAACUGAUUUUAUAUGUGCACAAUAACCUUUACAAUGUAGUGUUUGUUUUAUCGAUACUUUACGAUAUAUUGUAGAAAUAUAAAGGGUGUUUCUAAAUUCAUUCAACAAAAAUAAGGUGAUAGUGCAUAUGAAAUUCAGAUGGGUCUUUACUAUAACAAAACUAUAACACCCUUUUAGAAAUGUCACACUUAAAAGGCGGUGACCAAAUUGAGUUCAUAUUUUUUUCUAAAAUUUCACUAAAACUAGAAACUUUAAAAUCUGAAAUUUUCGUACACUUCGAAAGGUUAAACAAGGGUAUUUUUUCAAUAUUAAUGAAAUCAGCAACCUUUACUUUAUUUCAUAUCAAAAGUUUGUUCAAAACGAUGUUUUAUGAAAUGAAAUUAUAACACAAAA